UGAGCAUGGUACUAGCUGUUGUGUGAACAGAGACAGUGGGACAGCCUGACCGUAUCGUCUACGGGGAUAUUCUAUUUACACUAGUCCUUGUUUAUUAUUUUCUGGUGAUAACUGACUACUGAUGAUCUUUCUACUCCAUUCCUCUUUUACAAGACUGGCGGAAGGAAUUGUCCAUUCUAAGGAAAGUAUUUUGAAGGGACAGAAGAUUGGAUCAAGGAAUGAUGACAUUUGAGAUAAUUCUUCUUCUGUAAAGACAAUCAUUUGAACUGAUUCAGGAGACCCGUGCUACCGUUGGUAUAUUUGGAUUAAAACAGACCGAGUACUUAACCUUGAUUAUUGAUUUGUGCAUCAUACGAUGUUUUCAUAAAUGCAUUUCUACUUACAACAACACGUUCCCUGCCAUCGCCCGAACUCUGCGCCGCCCCGAUCCAGAUGAACGAUUCUCCCCGUGGAUCUGACGCGCAUUUACGCAGUCCGUCCCCGGAGCGCACCGGUAACGACAGUGGUAAUUCACCUCGGAGAGGAACGAAAAGACAGCUGGUUUCCGUACCUUCUCCCUCAGAUCCAACACGCCAGGCUAAAAGGCUGCCUAUUCGGAUUCUAAAUAUGUUGAGCGCACACAGUAGCAUCUUGCUACACCAAGAGUAUCUCCAACCUCUUACGUCUGCGCCAGUAAGCAUUGAGGUAAGCAAAGCACAUUUUCUAAAACUGUCGAAUUCUUUGAUCAUCAUCGACCGUGUUAAUGUCUGGAAUUAUUUACAGAUAUUUAUAAAUAUCCCAUGUAGUUUAAGAGAUUACGCAUGAAUUAGCCUACGCAUCAAAUUGUCACUAAUGCGUCACAUUACAAUACAGUUUAUAUUUAUUUUACCUUUCAAGUUUGCGCUUAGAUAAUACAAACAUGACCCAAUAAACUAGAUUAUGAAAUUAAUAUUUAAAAUGAGUAGCCUAUUAUUGAGUUUUUCUUGAGUUAUUGAGAUUACAUAAAUAGGCCAGUGUGUUGAUUUGAUAUUCUCAGAUAUUGUGUGUAAUUGUCUCUAAAAUGUGUAAACAGAAAUAGUUAAAUCGUUUCCUUCGUUUUCGCCAAAUAGAACAGAUACUAUUUACCCCGUGCCAACAUUGCAGUCAUACAUUUUUCGCUCUUUCUCUCUUUCUGUUAAGGAUUUUUCAUAUGGCAAACACAGGGAAAUAAAACUUUUGAGCAGAUUUAUGUAUCCUUCCCUCUGCGGAUAGAUAUAUGACUCAUGGCCUAAAUUAUGACUAACAUUUACAACGCAUUUUACUGCACCUCAUUUAUUGGACAUUUUAUUUGGCCUAUUAAAUGAUAGUGGCUAAAAUAGAUUUCUAGUGGACAUACUAUACACCAGCACAAACACUACAUAAUACUUACCGAAUAGUUACUGAAUUACCACAAUAGUUACCAAAUUACCAUCCAAUGUAAGACCAGUAUAGAGUGUGACUAUAGAGUGUUUUAAUGUGGCUGGGUUAUCAUCCUGUCUCUGUGUGUGUCGCCCCCUCAGCUGGAUGCUAAGAAGAGUCCCCUGGCCCUGUUGGCUCAGACCUGCUCACAGAUCGGCAAACCAGACCCCCCCUCCUCAUCCAAGCUGGGCUCCCUCUCCUCCGUCAGCCUCAGUGACAAGGAGCCAUCCGGACGCUCCUCCAGCUCCGGCCACAAGUCUGGAGACCAGCACCAGUCCUUGGAGGAUAAGUCCAGCUUCAAGCCUUACAACAAGGCCGGAGGGGAAUGCCGCAAGGAUGGGUUGUUGACCAAGGGUGCUACAGACAAAGCUGGCUUCAGGGUGCCCAGUGGUGGAUCCGGGAGCGCCGGCUCUUGCCCGUCCUUCCCCCCACACUCCACCUCUCCCAGCUCCAGCUCCCCUCCCCUGCACCCCCAGGGCCAGUCCCACAGACAGACCCAGUCCCCCUCCACACAGCAGCAGACAUCACACUCUCAGGCCCUGCACAUAGACAACAAGCCUCUGAGCUCAGACCAGGCCAACUCAGACAGCAACAGCAGCACAGGGAAGAAAGACUCUGAUCACAGCAAGGAGAGGCUGGACGGGGCCCAGCUAGCGAACUCCAGUCACAUGCGGGCUAGCGCCAACUCCAGCAAUGCCAGCUCCGCUAGCAGCCCGCGGCCGGAGAGCAAGGCUGACCCACAGUCCUCUCAGCCUGGGCUAGGCUCCGGACACAUCGCCCCUGUCUCCCCCUUCAAACCAGGCCACUCAGUCUUCCCCAUGCCCCCCUCCUCCAUGGGCUACCAUGGCUCCAUAGUGGGCGCCUAUGCAGGCUACCCAUCUCAGUUCCUGGAUCAUACCAAGUCUAGUCUAGGGAUGGGGAUCCCAGGGAAGCACCCCAGCUCCAGCCCCCUCACUGGGGCCUCACCUCCAUCCCUCAUGCAGGCUCUAUGCAGGGACCCGUACUGUCUGACUUACCCCAACCACCCCCAUCUAGGGGGCAGCAACUGCAAUACAUGUGUCCACGACCCCUCCUCCCUAAAAUCAGGUUACCAAAUCAUGUACCCAUCACACCACCUUCACUCCCUCCACCCCAGCUCUCUAUCCUCCACCACCCCCACCCUGUCCCACCCGCUCUACACCUACGGCUACAUGCUGCAGAACGAGCCCCAGCCACACGCCUGUAACUGGGUGUCAGUAGGAGGGCCGUGUGACAAACGUUUCUCCACGUCAGAGGAGCUGCUGGCCCACCUGCGUACUCACACGUCUCUCCCUGGUGGGCUGGACAGUAAGCCCCUCUCUGCCUACCCCCCCUCAGCAGCCUCCUGCCACCUCCACCUUCCCCAGCCCGGCAGCCCCGGCACCCUGCCCAGCUCCUUCUCCCUGCGGGGGUCACCUGGCCUGAGCCUGGCCCGCUACCACCCCUACAGCAAGGCCCACCUGCCCGGAGCCCCAGGCCUGCCCAUGCACUCACUGCAGGCGUCCUCGCCCUACUACUCCCCCUAUGCCAUCUACAGCCAGAGACUAGGCUCAGCCUCCACCCUGGGCUACCAGUGA